UGAGCGGUUGCCAAAACAAGACGCGGGCAGGCCAAUAUAAAUGCCCAGAAUGUAGUAUCUCUGCCGCAGACAUAUCUCUGCCGCAGACAUCAGAGGCACAGAAUCAGUUUACUGACAGGUGAUCUGCUUAUUCCUUACAUUCACAGAAGCAAACAUGCACUUGAGUGCAUGCGAGUCGUGCAACCUGGUAUUCUUGUUUUGUAUUCUUGUGAGGAGUUGCCAGGCGUUCAAUAAUGAUGCUACGGAGAUCCUAUACUCGCACGUGGAUACCCCUGUGCAGGAUGCCCCGAGCAAUGUCUCUUUAAAUCGGGCAAGAAACGGCGGGAGAGGCGCGGGAAAUACUGCUGGGAACGAUAGAGUUGGUGAGUACUGUUUCUCAAAACAUUGAGAAAUUGUGCUUUAAGGUUUUUAACUAUUUUCACUUGGUUUUAAACUUUUUUAAUUUCAAGACAAGUGUAUAGCCAGAUUUAUUCCAGCACAAGCAGAUUUAUAGAGGCUUCUACAAUUAGUUUGUUGAGAUGGUGUUCUCUACAUGAUAUCUGAAAUGUAGAAGAUAGUAAAUAAGCAAAAUAAAUAGGCAAUUAAUAUACUACAUUCUUAAUGUAAAAAUGUAACUGUUAAAACUACAACCAGCUGUUUUAUAUAUAUAGUGGGCCUAUGAAAUAUAUCUUAUUUAUAUUCAUAUUUAGUAUUUCAUAGUACAAUAGAAAUGGAUAAGAUCAGCUCUGGUCAGUAGCUAAGUAGUGACACUCUCCAGAGACAGUAUCAGAUGCCCUAACUGAGUGAGACCAGGCAAAUUUGGCACAAUGAUCUUCAAUACACACACACACACACACACACACACACACCCACGCACACACACACACACACACUCCUGGCAGGCGUCCAAGCAAGGCAGUAGUGAUGAGUCACCCAGGGCAGCCAGGCUAGUGUUUGGGGAGUGAUCGUGUGUCAGCGCCACUGAAUGGAGGUGUGUUCCUAUGCACAGGAAGUCUGUGAUUGUGGCGCUGUUUGACUUGAGCUCUUUCAGGACCCCGAACAUGAAGGAGAGAAAAGGAGCCUCUCCUCUCUUCAUUCAUCAGACUCUGUCAUAGAGAAGGGGGCACAUUGUCACAGAGGUGUAUGGCAGUCUGUGAAUGGGGCCCUGGCUUGGAUUACAGUGUGAGUGAGGAGCUGUAGCCUGGAGCAGAACAGUGCUGAUAGUCUUACCAGUUGCCCGCUGAUAAUCCUAUUAGAAAGCCAGCUCCAUUGACAUAGCUCAGAACACUAAAGCCCUUCCUCUCAUGCAAGAGCAAUGCACCAUUUCCUCUCUACAAGCCAGUAAUCGGUAUAGGCUUACAGUCUGUGCCAAAAACCUCAAAAUGAACCAAAUAGACCAAGACGGCUGUGUUUUUAAUGUUUUCUGAUCAAAACCCUUUUAUGUUACCUGCAGUAGAAUUCAAAGUGAAACCAAAUAGUUUGGGGCUACAAAAUGAUGUUUUAAUCUUCACUAGAUGUUCAAAGUGGUUUGAUUCUCAUCGUUUUUCUGUUUCUCUCUCUUACAGAUCAGAGAAGCCAAGUUGGCUGUAGAGAGCUGAGGUCUACCAAGUACAUCUCUGAUGGCCAAUGCACAAGCAUCAACCCCAUAAAGGAGCUAGUAUGUGCUGGCGAGUGCCUCCCCGCCCAGAUGCUUCCCAACUGGAUCGGUGGUGGCUACGGCAGAAAGUUCUGGAGCCGGAGGAACAGUCAGGACUGGCGCUGCGUCAACGACAAGACGCGCACCCAACGCAUCCAGCUGCAGUGCCAAGAUGGCAGCACAAGAACAUACAAAAUCACAGUGGUCACCUCGUGCAAGUGUAAGAGGUACUCCCGGAAACACAACGAGUCAAGCCAUAUGAAGUUUGAGGAGCCUACCUUGUCUCAGCCCCAGCUUCUCCACAAACACAAAGCCAAAGCCAAAAGGAGGCUAGGGAAGAUCAAGCUAAACGAGAACUGGCAUGAAGCAGAGCCCUAAGGCAGGACUGCAGAAUGCCUCAGUGACUGUGGUCUUGGAUUAUCUCUUAUUGGGACUGGCUUGUUGUGAGGAGGACCACUGAGAGUGACUUUGUAAAUGUGAAUGGCCUUCUACAUCUGAGGACCAAUGGGCACCAUUAAAUCAUUAGCUAAUUAGAUGAAAUGAACCUAAAUGGGGUCAUCAUGACCAAUUGAACUGUCUGGAACUUUAAGAUAACUCACAUCAUUCAAGAUCUUGUAUGACAAUGUAAACCUGCACUUCACUCCAUUAUGCAAACACAGUUUUACAGCCAAUAUAAUGUAAUAAAAUAAGCUCUGCAUGAAAAGGGAUUUCCCAACACAAAAGCACCACAAAUACACAACACAAUGUAAAUAUGUGUACAUAUAUAGUAUCAUAUAGUCCUCUGAAGUAUGAUAACAUAUGUAUAAACGUUUUCUAUAAGAUGUAUAUGAUGUAAUAUAUAUUUUGUAUUGCUAUUCAUUUGAUAAACCUUUUAUAUGCAUCACACAUAUUUGUCAUUGCUCAUGUUUCAUUGAAAAAAUAAUAAAUGUUAACACAAACUUCAC